AUGCUACAGUUAUCCUUGUUUCUGUUGUAUACUCUCUCAAAGAAGACCCAGAAGAACAGUGGCAUAUACCAGGAUGUAACCGAUGAGUUCAUGCGUCUUGGACUGGGAGAAAAGGGAGGAUCGGAGUUGCUCCGUUACGCCAAAGCAUCUGCUACUCUUAAAGCUCCCGUGAUGGCAUCGGGUUUGGAGCUAAAUACGGACACAAUAAAGUCCGCUAUGCCUUGCGGAGGCUCCUCUACUUUCCUCUUGGUGUUAGUCGCGAGUCCCCCAAAGAAUCAUCACAUAAGAAGCGUCGUCCGCUUAAGCUGGGGCGCUGUCAAAUCACACAAAGGUUACACGAUCAAGGUGCUUUUCUACAUGGGGAAGCCACGGAAUUCUAGUCAACAAAGAGAGCUUAUGUCUGAAAGUAUUUCCCAUAACGAUAUUUUCCAAAGUGAAGUCGCUGAUGAUCGUUUAACUUUGAAGACAUUAGCAGCAUUUCAGUGGGCAGGUUCGGAGUGUGCUGUAGCGCGUUUCGUUUUGAAAGUUGAUGAUGACGUGUUUGUGAACGUGAGGAACGCUGUAGACUACUUGAAAUAUUUGACACCUGAGGAUGAGUCUACGUUGUAUCAGGGUUAUGGCGUGAGUAAAAGUCCCGCCUUCAGGAACGAGGGUGGAAAGUGGUAUAUAAGCUAUGAGGCCUACAAAAACGACACGUAUCCACCCUACAUUUUGGGAUUCGCAUCACUUUUCUCAAUGAAAGUUGUUAAUGAUUUACAUGCCGCUUCAUUUAAGGUUCAAGGGCACUUUCAAUUGAAUAGAGACUUCCCUUUCGAUGACGUUUUCAUUGGCAUAUGUGCCAAAUACCUUGGAAUUAACCCUACGUUUCAGUAUACCAGAUUCUACCAUGAUCCUAGCUCAUUUGAGGAAAACCUCAAGAAAGACGAAUGUCAGUUUGUACAAUCGAUAGCCGCGUAUGGUGUGGACCGUAAAAUGUUUUAUUACUAUUUGGAAGCUGGUGAGAAAAUUCGAAGCGCAAAUAGGUGUGUUUGACCGACCAAGAUCGAUUGCCAAUUGAAUCCAGUGGACUCAUAUUCUUUGUCAGCUACAUGCAUAAACGGUACAAAAAAAACUCCAGAGUGACGUAGCUGCUUCCGCUUUUCUCUUAUGACAUUAAACAUGUGGGUGGAAAGCGGAAAGUGC